AUGUGCCACUUUCAGGUCUCCUCACACUGCUGGUGUGUUGAAUUUUUUGACAUAGGGUGCUGGCAGAUUACGGGCCUCCCAUAGCUGCUGCCAGGCCCCUAAUCUGCCAUGGGCCCCUAUAUACCGCCUCCUCAUGCUGCUGCCAGGUCCAGAGUCUCUCAUGGGUCCCUGUACGGCCUCCCAUUGCUGCUGUCUCCAUCGCCACACUCUGCCAUGUGCCACUUUCAGGUCUCCUCACACUCCUGCUGGUUUCCAUUUUGUCAUAGGUUGCUGUAUGGCCUCCCAUUGCUGCUGCCUCCCACCGCCACACUGUGGCUCCAAACACUGGUUUUGGCCCCGUGACUGGCCAAAUGAGUGAAGUGUGCGGUGAUUCUAAGAUCGACGGCACUCAUCUGCAUGUCAUACUG